CGCAGCGGUUACGCAUCCUGAGCGCGCAUAUUUUCUUCCUCAAAAGUAGCGUGGCUUCUUUUCAGCAACAGCAGGACGAAAUGACUUCAAAAGAACAACAAAAUGAACUUGCUGGAGGCUGCCUCAUUCUUCCAUCUUUAAUGAUUUGUAGUACCAUUGGCAAGUCAGAACAUGCAUAGCCCGUGGUGAUAUAAAACCAGAAGAUGGCAGGACUGCCAGAGCCUGGGGACCCUCCAGGGGAGGGCAUUUUGGGGGCUGAGGCAUUUUCUAUUUCCUAUUUGGCUGGCAACCGAUUGAACUUGGACGUCUAUCCUGAGAGCUGUUGGUUGUUCCUCAAGCUGCUGAAGACCAGGAGAGAAGAAGUAGAACAGGUGGAGUUCUUGAGGCUGAACUGCAAUGAGGACCUUAUCACUUCCACCCUGAGCAGCCUUCCUGCUUUGAGGGGCUUGAAAUCUCUUGUGCUCAAAGGUGGACACUCCAGAGAUGACAUUGGUGCAUGUCAGAAAGGAUUGCUAGCAUCUUUGCCACAAGAGUUUGGGCAGCUACAAUGCCUUGUUCAUCUAGAUCUCAGCUUCAACAGCUUCACCAUUUUACCUCCCUGCAUUGCUAAGCUGGCCAGCCUCAGUUUUCUCUCAGUCAACCACAACAACUUGCAGAGGCUGCCUGAGGACUUUGGCCAGCUUGCCAAGCUGACCUUUUUCUCUGCCAUGAAGAACCAGCUCAAAGGUCUGCCGCAAAGCAUCGGGGGCCUGGCAGCAUUGCAGACACUGAACCUCUCUGAAAACGCACUGGAAUCACUUCCCGAAGAGAUUGGGAACUUGCACAGCUGCACUGAACUUGAUCUCUCUGGAAAUGAAUUAACAGGAAUACCCAGUUCUCUUGCCAAUUUACAGUCUCUGCAGCAGCUGCAUCUUCACAGCAAUCUUUUGACAACUGUUCCUGCCUCCCUUGCCUGCCUGCCUCACUUGUCCAGACUUGAUCUGCAGAAUAAUAGGCUUCGAAGCAUCCCUCCGGAGAUUCAGAGUUUUCCCUUUGUGCAUCUAAGGGGCAAUCCUCUAGGAGAACUGGAGGUGCCUCUGCAGUCAGGUGACACUAGUUCAGAAGAAUUGCAGAGAGUGUAUCUUAAAGCUGAUGAAGACAGCUUUACUGUGACUCCUGAAGGCUGCCGGGUCUUCUUGGCUUGUGGCAUUCAACUCCGUUUCCCGCGGAGUGCUACAACUACUCCAGUAACUAUUCACUUCCAGAAAUGCUCCCCUGACCCUCAUUGGGUAAAGCUGAAGCACCAUGACAUCCUGCUAAGUGAAGCCCUGGAACUGCAGCCCCAUGGGAUUCAUUUCCAUCAGGAGGUGCGGAUCUGGAUGCCCUAUGCUUCUCCUCACAGCCUGAAUGACCGUGAGCUCAUCAUUCGAACCUUUGAUGGGCAUAAGUGGAGUGAUUUGAGAACCAGAGUGAAAUGCAAAGGCAAGAAGCAUUCGGCUUGCUGCAGCGUCUCUCACUUCUCCUGGUUUUUGGUUGUCUCACGCCUUGUGGAGGAUGAAUGCAAAGUCUGCCAGGAAGGGGGCUUGCUUUUUUCAACUGUUGAUCCCAAGAUUAAAGUGACCUUUCCUCCUGGUGUGACCGAGGAGAUGAGGACAGUGAAGCUUCAGGUGCUUCCUGUAUCAACAAGGGACCUAAGAGAGAUCACGGGUGAUUCUGAAACAAUUGCCAGCCCUCUCCUCUGCCUCUCUCAAAGUUCCACUGUGGACUUUCUUCAGCCUGUUAAAAUUCAGCUUCCACUGCCUCCUGGAGUCACAGGUCUAACCUUGGAUCAUUCCAGAGUACACUUGUUGCACAGUGACUGGGAUGCUCAGAACUGGAGUGACAUCACCGAUCAAGUGAUACUGGAGUUCACCCACCUCUUUGCCUUAUUUGAAGUAACACACUUCUCUUGGUAUUGGUUAUGGUGCACCACAAAAGCCUAUAUUGGUGGCUUUGCCAAAGAAGUCUAUAAAAGGUUGCGCAUGUAUCAGGUGAACUUCAUAGCACUGCAGAGAAAGAAAGAUCCAGAACAAGUUUUGCUCCAGUGCCUCCCAAAGCACAAGGUGGAUCCUGUUUUGAAAAAGCUCCAUGACCGAUAUCGAGGCCCUGAGCCAUCUGACAUUGUGGAGAUGUUUGAAGGGGAGCAGUUCUUUGCAGCUUUUGAACGGGGCAUCAGCAUUGAUGCAGACCGGCCAGACUGUAUUGAUGGAAGGAUUUCAUUCAGUUUUUUCUCUCAUUUGAAAAAUGUGAAGGAAGUCUAUAUUACCUCUGAAGUGGACAGAAACAGUAAGCCUGUGAAAGGGCAGGUUUCCUUUUAUCGAGGAGAAGUCCCUGAGAACAUUCCUGAAGAGAUUACAAGAAGGAGGAAGGGGCCCGAUUCUCACUGGCUAGCUACCUUGCCAAUCAAGCUACCUAAACUGAAAAGUCAGGUAAACAAGCAGCCCACAACUCCAGAUGGCUUCUCUCUUCCUCCUUUGAAUUUGGGGAAUGCUGAAACUGGCUAUUUGACUCAGUCCAAUCUCCUUGGCAUUGCUGGACGCAUGGGAGCUGAAUGGAGAAUCAUUGGCUUAAACUUGGGAUUGUCCUAUCAGCAGUUGGAGCGGAUACAGUACAACAACAGGGAAGAUCUCCAUACUCAGAUUUUAGAUAUGCUCUUCUCCUGGGCUCAGCAAAAUGAAAAGAAGCCUGACUGCAUAGACAAGCUGAUUAAGGCCAUGGAGGAUAGUGGCCGCCAAGACAUAGCAGAUGAGAUCACCACCAUUAUUGGACUGGGAAGGCAAAAAUACACAGAGUCUAUUCAGAGGGUGGGCCUGCACCGAGAAAGUAGUACUGAAGAUUCUGCUAUUGUUACAGGAUAAUUGCUAAACAAUUAUGGAUUAGCCCAACAAAAUAGAAUUAAUCAAAUUCAGGCUAUUUCUUCUUCAAGAUUACUGGUACUGUUCAAUUCUUCUCUUUAGUAUUUGCUGCCAACUUGCUGUGCUUCUGUGCCACCAGUGGCUUUUACUACAGUAGAUAAUAGUAAGCAGCCACUUGCAAGUUCACCUGGGAUAAGUUAGAUUCCCAAUUAAGUUUUACUAAAGUUCUACUUUUUUAAAAGCAAAAAUGACUUUAAAAUACAUAAAGCAGAUCAGUGCACAAUGCUGCCUAUGGAACUUAAGAC